UUGGAGAGAUGGGUCACGGAUGGGGACCAGGCAGCAUGUUUUCUACCUGGAUUUCUUGUCAGUGAGCCUGGGGACAAAGUUAACUACUGGUAUGUGAGCGUUUCCUACUGAGAUCGCGCGUGUGUCCACCAGGACAGGAUCCGUCUGUGUUGUCAUGAUGUGUCGGUGUGGACGACUUCAACGCUACUUGCUGCCAGCCUCCAUAACGGCUCUGCUGCUGUUCCUCAGUUCUUUUUGGCUCCCUCAGGUCGGAAUGGGUGACUGUGAAAACUCCUGGCACCCUUGUCUGACUUUCAACUUCUACCUUCCAACACCAGACAUCCCAGCUGGUCCUGGCACAGGAGAGGGGCAGAGUGAGGUACAGCCGGCGGAUGGGGGCGUAGUGUUAGAUUCCACAGCCCAACUUCGGCUGUGUCCGGGUCAACCGUUCCAGGUGUGGCGUCUCAUGUCCCACCUGACGUCUUCCAUGGCAACGCACCCUGACGACAUCCUACUAGAGCACUAUCUGGACAGCUGGGACGAACUCAUCAAGUUUAUGGAAUCUCUUGGCUCUCUAGUAAAUUUCUUCUCUCAGAAGGUCAAAGAUAAGAUUGCGGUCAUCAGAGAGCUUGCUCAGCAAGAGAGAGAAGACUAUGGGAAACAUAGGUCAGGGGAGGAAUACGCCGGACUACAAACUCCCCUUUCUGGAUCGCAAAGCCGUUAUCGCUCAGUGCGAUCCAUGGUGGAGUCAGAGCUCCAAAGGCGAUUGGUGAACUUCAAUACGCAGACGCGGUCCGGUUGCCGAAAUCUGCUGCGGCUCCACCGUUCUCUCCUCUGGAUAAUCCUGCUACUGCAGGGACUAGGGGAGGGGCCGGACGCACGGGGAGUGUACCGUACCCCUGGGGAGCUCUGCAGGGACGCGUACACUGUGGCCCUCGCUCCCCACCACCCCUGGUUGAUUCGCAGGGCGGCUGAGGUGGUGUUUCUAGCGUUGCCCGAGCGGAGAGUGUUCCUGGACAUAGUGUGCGUUACGAAGGAGGAGGACAUUGGCCCGGUGCUAAACAUUGUUAUAAGCACUAUGAAAGAAGUACACAAACGCACACAGAAAAUACUGGCACAACACAACAUGAUGGAACUACCUUAGACAGAUUAAUACGGACACGCACUCACUUAGUUAUUGUGUCUCUAUCCCUGGAAUACCUGCUCUGUGUCACUGAGAUGAAAGGAGUGAAUAAACAUGUUAUUUAUUUACGUGUC